AUGCCCACAGCUCAUUUGCCAACUCCGGCAAAUUUACCAAAUUUAAAUGCAAAAUCGGCCGGUGCUCCGUCGCUUCGUCUUUCUGUAUCGGAGGAGACUGAAAACCAGUUUCAAUUUGGACCAGAAGAUAUAGAACUUUUGAAUAGCUACUUCUAUGUGUUGAAUGACGAUCAUAAUUUAGUAUCUCUAACAACGGAUCUGCUUUACGCCGAAGAAGAUGCAGAGUCGGAAAAAGAUACUUUAGCAGAUUUACAUAAUCGCGUUUUCUUUUAUCUAUACACUAUCAAUAAUCGUAAAGACCCUGAUGUUAUUUCCAUUAACGAUCUAGAAUCAUUGAAGAAAAGUAACUUCAACUUCAACAGAACAACUCAAAUAAUUACUCAUGGAUGGAUUAAUUCUCAUAAUAGCGAUUCAUGCAUAUUAAUUCGCGAUGCAUAUUUAAAUCACAAUGAUUACAACGUUAUUGUAAUCGAUUGGAGUAAGAUCUCUGUCAAGCCAUAUUUUUGGACCAUUACACGUGUGAAAAUGGUCGGCCAAUAUGUCAGCACUAUGUUAGACUUCCUCGAAAAAGAAGGUAUGAAUUUAUCAACGACUACAAUGGUUGGCCACUCUCUCGGAGCUCACAUAGUUGGCUUGGCUGCUCGUUACGCAAAAGGCACCAUCAAUUAUAUCAUUGGUUUGGAUCCAGCAUUACCGGGUUUCAUUAAAGCUAAAGAAGGCUCGCGUAUCUCACAAGGUGAUGCUAAUUACGUCGAGAUCAUUCACACGAACGGUGGUGUACUCGGCUUUUUAAAUUCUAUUGGUGAUGUAGAUUUUUAUCCAAACGGAGGUGUAAAACAAGCAGGCUGUACAGUCGACGCCACUGGUACGUGUUCACAUUUACGGGCUUAUAAAUUGUUCGCCGAAUCAAUCAACAGUAAAAUAGGAUUCCGUGGGAAGAAAUGCGAAAACUAUGUGCGGUUCAAACUUGGACUUUGCAAUAAAAAAUUAUCAUUGAUCAUGGGAGGAAUUAAGAAACAUUUCGUCGAAAAAGGAUUGGAAGCUGCCAAUCACCAACAGCUGGUUUUUCAAUUGAUCGACUCGGAGAUAAUUGGCGUGCCGAUAUCUCGACCAUCGUGGAGGCUACCAACGCGAUUAUACUUUCGAUGA